AAGAGGAUUAGCGAUCGUCUGAUGUUUAUCAAGUUGGUUUUGGGUGGGUGUGCGAUCAAUGUCGUGAGUGCUUACGCCCCGCAUGUUGGCCUGGCAGACGAAGUAAAGAGGGAGUUUUGGGACGCCUUGGAUGGGGUGGUUGUUGGUUUUCCAUUGACUGAGAAAGUCGUCAUUGGAGGCGACUUCAAUGGCCAUAUUGAAGAAUCGACCGAUGGCUUCAAGGACGUGCACGGUGGUUUUGGCUUUGGCAGCAGGAACCCAGCGGGAGUUUCACUCUUGGAGUUUGCUAGAGCGAGUGAUAUGGUGGUUGCUAACUCUUGUUUCCCUAAACGAGAUGACCAUUUGGCUACAUUUGUAAGUGGAGUGGGGACGACACAGAUCGACUAUCUUCUCCUGCGCAGGUGUGAUCGGGUGCUCUGCAGGGAUGCUAAAGUAAUUCCGAGUGAAAACGUCACUACCCAAUACAAGCUUCUCGUGAUGGAUGUUAUGAUCAGGUGGGAGAAACAUAGGAGAGCUUCGAGUGGCAACACACAAAUUCGGUGGAGGAGACUUAGUGCGGAGAAUAUCGCUGAGUUGACCAGGCGAGUGCAGGAGAAAGGUGUGUGGGAAUCGACCGGAGAGGCUACUGAUAUGUGGGUGAGGACUCCUAACUGCAUAAGGGAAACAACCAGGGAAGUGUUAGGUGUGAGCUCUGGCUCUGGGAGUAGGCGUCAGGGUGAUUGGUGGUGGAGCGAUUCAGUCCAAAGUAAGGUGGAAGCUAAGAAGGUGGCGUAUUUGAGGUACAUGGGCUGCAAUGUUGAGGAGGAUAGAGCGGCGUUACGAGUGGAGUACAAGAAAGCACGUAAAGAAGCGAAGUUAGAGGUAACGAGGGCAAAGAAUGCCGCUUUUGAACGCCUCUACAAGGAUAUUGAAGAGAGAGGCAGUGUUAAUCCAAUGUUCCGGCUUGCUAAGGUGCGCGAGAGGAAGGCCCGAGAUCUGGAUCACGUGAGAUGCGUGAAGGGCGGCGAUAGUAGAGUGUUAGUUGAGACUGCCAAGGUGGCUAAGCGCUGGGGGGAGUACUUUAGUGAACUCUUAAAUGCGGGAGGAGACCAGAGGCUAGUUCUUGGUGAGUUGGGACAGCCCGGGGCGUCUCGUGUGUAUUGCCGGCGCGUUUGCCUGGAAGAGGGGGUUCGGGCUCUUAGCGGGAUGCGUAGUGGGAGAGCUUUGGGACCAGAUGAGAUUUCGGUGGAGUUUUGGAAGCAUGCGGGUCGUGGUGCGUGGGUUUGGUUAACCAAACUCUUCAAUGUUAUCCUCCGGACAGCUAGGAUGCCUGAUGAGUGGAGGGAGAGUCUCUUGGUCCCUCUAUUUAAAGGCAAAGAGGCCAUUCAUCUCGUGAGGAGGUUAAUGGAAGAGUAUAGGGCUAGGAAGAAGGACCUUCAUAUGGUGUUUAUUGACCUAAAGAAGGCGUAUGAUAGGGUGCCUAGGGAGGUCUUAUGGAGGUGCCUUGAGGCGAGAGGAGUUCCCAUCGUGUACACUCGUGCGAUCAAGGAUAUGUACGAUGGGGCUAUGACCAAGGUAAGGACUUCCGGGGGCGACUCAGAUUCUUUCUCGGUAGGGAUGGGGUUGCACCAGGGGUCUGCCCUUAGCCCUUUUUUGUUCGCCUUGGUGAUGCACAUCCUAACUCAAGGUGUUCAAGACGGGGUCCCAUGGUGCAUGCUUUUCGCGGAUGAUAUUGUGCUUAUCGACGACACACGUGAGAGACUAAACGAUAAGUUGGAAUUAUGGCGCCUUGCCCUUGAAACUAAAGGAUUCAGAAUAAGUAGGAACAAGACUGAAUACAUGGAGUGUCGUUUCAGUGGCCGGGAUACAGAACCAGAGGUGGAAGUCAGGAUUGACUCACACCUAGUACCUAAGGUAGACAGGUUUCGAUAUCUUGGCUCGGUAAUCCAGGCGGAUGGGGAGUUAGAUGCAGAUGUUGGACAUCGUGUUGGAGUGGCUUGGGCCAAAUGGCGGUUAGCUUCAGGGGUGUUGUGUGAUCCGAAGAUUUCGCCUAGAAUGAAAGGUAAGUUCUAUCGAUCCGUAGUCAGACCUGCUAUGUUAUAUGGGGCAGAGUGUUGGGCGGUUAAGAAGACUCAUGUGCGUCGUCUGCAUGCGGCGGAGAUGCGGAUGUUACGAUGGAUGUGUGGGAAGACAAGGUUGGAUAGGGUUUCGAACGAAGUUAUCCGGCGUCAGGUAGGCAUGGCACCGGUGGAAGAUAAAUUGCGGGAAGCGAGAUUGAGAUGGUUUGGCCAUGUGAGACGGCGGGAUCCUGACACCCCUGUACGGAGAUGCGAGAGGAUUACAGUUAUCGGGGGAAGUAGGGGAAGGGGUAGACCUAGGAAGAAUUGGAAGGAGGUGAUUAGGCAAGAUUUAGGACUUCUCGACCUGACUGAGGAUAUGGCCAUAGAUAGGAACCUUUGGAAAACUAGAAUUAGAGUAGCUGGAUAGGAGCUCGGUGUUGUAGAGGUGGAGCCGGAGGUCUCUUGGAAAUAGCCUCCCUACUUCCGAGUAGGGGCAAGGUCUGCGUACACACACCCUCCCCAGACCCUACUGUUGUGGGAUUCACUUGGGUUGUUGUUGUUGUUGCAUGUUUGGUCAUUUUUGGUUGCAAAUUCCUUGUUCAAAACCCACUAUUUUUGGUUCGGGUUUCAGGUUAAAAACGGGUUAGGUCAAAUUUUGCUUGCUCAAGUUAAACUUAAACAGAGUUAUUUUCAUACAAUAAUGCUUUGUCAUGUUC